AUGGCGCCGAAGCCGUUCACCUCGACCUUGGCAAAGACGGGGUACGUCGCACCCCUUGCCUUUGCAAAGUCCUGGCCGACGGGCGCGAGCGUUUCGGCCGCGACAGCAGCAGGCACGAGGACGCGCACACAUGCGUGGAACAGACAAGGCUAACAAGACACGCAAGGAGGCCCGUGGUUCACACAAAAGCUACAGCUCAUGCGCAUACGCCACACCUCUUCGGCACGCGACGGGACACCCACCGGUCGAGACAGGAUCACACCCGCGAGGAUUUCAGGUUGAUCUGUGAAAUAGAGAGGGGGGGCUAUCCCUAACCCUAACCCAACACCGUACCAUCUACAAAGCCCUAGCUUAACUUCCUUGCAAGGCUACUGCUGCUGUCAAGACAGCCUGCGAGC